CGGAUACAAACAGCUUUUGCCUGCGCCAUGGGCGACGAUUUCGACAGCUUUUGCCAGCAGGCGCAGAUUAUCCUAUCCGGUCCACCUUUGGACCGUCAGUUUCUGUCCGGUCUUUGGGAUGGUGCUGACAAAGAUCUGAACCGUGCCAUCAACCAUCUCUUGGGAUUGCCUGAGGAGAAGGUCAUUCGAGAAGGUCAAGGAGGCGGUGCGAGCCCGGCAGAGUCAAAGCCAAAGAAGGAAUCCAAGGAAUCGAAGUCCAAGAAAACUUCCAAGGAUGGUAAAAAGAAAGAAAAGAAGGAGGAAUCAAAGCCAGCAGCCGACUGGGGAGGCGGAUUCUUCGAGACAAGUGCAGGCUUUCCAGAUGCUGGUUUUCAAACAGAUUUUGCAAGCGGCGGCUUUCAGACAGGUGCUGCUUCUUUCGCAGGAAUGCCACAGCCUGACGCUGGUUUCUCCAGCAUGGCAGGAAUGCCGCAGCAGGCGCAGCAACAAGCUUUUCAGACACUGCCGCCCCAGAUCCAGCCAGCACCAGCAGCUCAAAUGCCGAGUUACCCAGAUGCUUCAUUUGGAGCUCCCUUCCUGUCUCAGCAAUCUCAGCACUCUCAGCCUUAUUCCCAGCCAAGUCCAGCCCAGCCAUAUGGGCAACAAAUGCCUCCCACACAGCAACCGCAGCCGCAGCAUCACCACCAACAGCCGCCACCUUUUUCACAAGGGCCACCUCUCGCUCAGCCUCCAACCCAUCCAAGCAUACCGACAUCAUAUGCCCAACAAUCUAUGCUGCAUCCACCAUAUUCUCCGAAUCCGUCACCUGGACCCGAUCCCGCCAAGGUGCCAUUUGGCCAGCCUUAUGGUAGUCCUGCGACGCCCAGCACUGUGUGGGACAGUGAGUCAGACAGU